AUGGACGGAGAUAAACCACCUUUUGCUAAAGAAAUUGAGGAUAAAGUGGAUGAAAUUAAGGGAAAUCUUAAGCAUGUCGAAACCCAAGAAAAAACUAAGCUACCAACUCAAGCAGAUAUCGAAGCAGAAAAGAAGGAAUCCGAUAAAAAAGAUACUUGA